AUGGCUCCUAGUCUCCCCCAGUCUCCGUUACAGAGAGGUCUCUUACGGGGUGGCAGGAAGCUCCGGGCGGGUGACCCAAAGAGCCCUCCUAAACUACAAGACAGAACCAGGACCUCCUACCCGCCGCCGCCGCUGCCUCUCUUUGUCGGGAGGAAAGGUGAAGCAGCAGGAAAACACCACAAUAUUUUUACACGAGAGGCACAGUGGGAGAGGCUGGCUGCGGGAGCAAUGCCUCUCGCCAUCGUCAAAGUCACUUCUUGUGUAUUUUGCCUCACUCCUGCUGCUGCUGUUGUUGCCUCGUUCCAAGGGCGCGAGGAUGCCGCGGCGUGGAGGACCUGCAGCACCUCAACUCGUGACCUUGUGCCGCGGGACGUCCGAGGAAGACCUGCACCCCUGGGGAUGGGCCGCGGGUGCCCCAGCACGGCGCCUCCCACCUGCCCGCGGCCCGUGACUGAAGGAUUAGGCCAAGAGGAAGUAUGCAGUUCAUUUCGCCUUGAGGGACAGAUCGAGGCUUGGGCGGAUCGCUCGCUCUCCUCGCUCACUCCGCCACAGAGGACCACCACCACCACCACCACCACUCAAGACUGCCUCCACCCUCAGCAAGACAGCCACACUCAGCGCACACCCACGCCAGGAGACAAGGAGCAGGAGGGGAUAACUAAAGUGACAGAAGGCUUGGGGAAGCAGACUCGCAGCCUCGGGGUUUUUGCACCUGCUCCCCUUACCUCUAAUGUUCGGGCGGCAAGGUGUGCGGGACAGAUGGCGCCCGCCCCACCCCGCCCUGCCCCACCCUGCCCCGCACCGCCCUCACCACACCUCACUCAGUCACCACACCGCUAUCCAGCCUUGCAUAUCCACCUGACUCAUCCACCCAGUGUCUUCCUGUUACUUUCUUGCGUGGCCCCAGUAGAGCCUCCCCUCCCCUCCCCCCUCCCACACCUCGCCAGCGCCUCCCCUGCCGAGCGUCGUGGCGGUGCUGUGUCAUCCGCCUCUAAUUAA